UUUCGAUAAGAAAUAUCUAUAUAUUCAAGCGUAAUUCUUCUAGAUUUGCGGCAUCGCAUUUUUAUUUCGAUUGUAUUCUAUGUUAAAAGAGAUAAGAAAUUAUAACGCUUACGAGUUUAAUAAUUAAGCGUUUAACGCUACGUACCAUCGAUUUGGAUGCGGAACUAAACGCGCAAACAUUGCAUCAUCAUAUUCCAGAACUCUUAGAGAAUUUACCUUUCAAUGAUAUAUAAAACCGUUUCUAUGUCACUUUUUCAAUUAAAAAGUCGAGACAAAAAGAAAACCUUCAUGCUUGGAAGUGACAUUGAUCUGAAAUUCCGUGGAAAGAAAUUUCGAAUAACGAUUGGGUUUCUACAUUCUACGUUUUUUUCAAUCUUGCGUGGAAACAAAUUUUCGAAUUUAAUUUUAUUUAUUUAUAUAACAACUUGAACGAGCUAAUUAUAAUUUUUUCUUAUUUAUACUGUAAUUCAAUAGUAUACGGUAUAUAAGAAUAAUUUCUUAAUUUAAUUAAAUCGAAUUUAUACAUCUCUAUGAUAUAAUUUUGAAAAGUUCGCUGUCUGCUUUCGAUCGAGAUUAUCGAUACUUGAAAUACCAUCUAGUAUCAAAUAAUUCGAAUUAAUAUUGUAAAUGCAUUUCUGAUAACUGAUCGAUUUUGACGAAUUGCUGGAGUGAUAUUUCAGUGAUCUGUAAUUUUUAAUAUAUGUGUUGUAUCAUUUAAAAAAAAAAUAUUUAAUGUUAAAAAUUAAUCGGAGUGAUAAAGUUUUUCAACAAUUUUAUUAAGAAUUAAAAGAUUAUUAUCAAGGAUAAAAAUGUAUAAUUGCAGCAAUGAAUAGUUAAUGAACCAAUAGUCCUCACCUUAAUAGUUAGAUGUCACUGUGAUCAAGAGAAGACAUUUUUACUGAUAAAACCAAUUCUCAUUCUGAUAUAUUCUUAGAAAUUGCUCCAAAAUUAUCAAUGAUAGUGAUUUUAUUUUUAUUUUUAAUGAACCGAUUUACAACUUCGUUUAAAGAAUCGAUUCAUUAAAAAAUCGUAUUCAAAAGAUUGUAUCUAACGAGAAUUAAUUCAUCAUCGAGAAUAAUUUAUAAUACAGUUUUUAAUACUUUAUCUAUUGCAAAAAAAAAAGAUUUUUAAAUGAGAAAUGACAUUUAAAUAAAUUUAGUGAUCUAACCUAGAAAUGACUAUUUGUGGAAAUAUUAUAUAUAUAUAUAUAAAGUUUAUUAAUACUUACUAUACAUAUCAUUUGGAAUGUCAGAUGUAACUAUUGUUCAAAUAUUAAAUGAAAUUGAUCAGAUACAGUAUAUCUUAUAUACCGAAUGGAAAAGUACAUGUUUUAAGAUCAUGUUAUUUAAAUCGUCUGCAGUUCCAUUAACGGGAGAGAUGCCUGAAAAUGAUAUAAAUUAUUAUUCGCAAGAACAUUCAAAGUCAUUUAAUGAAUAUUUGAAAGAAACCAAAGAUAUUUUUUCUGGUAAGAAUACAGAUAUACAAUAUUUCUUUCAAGAUAAUAAAUUUGAAUGGAGAAGAAAUAAACGAUGGAUUUUAGGAAAAAUUACUAUAUUUCCCAUUUCCAAUAUUGCUCUUAUAUCUGAAAUUUUAUAUGAUAUAUUGAAACAACAACAACAUUUACAAAAAGUAAUUUCAGAAUUAAGAAAAGAAAAUGAUUUAUUGACAGAUAACAAUAAAGAAUUAAGCGUUAAUAUAGAGGAAAUGAUCGAAAUGAAAACUAAUAUGGAAAAGGAAUUAUAUAAAAAAUUUAUCUUAAUUUUAAAUGCAAAAAAGAAAAAAAUUAGGGAAUUAGAAGAUAGUUUGAAAAAUACAAAAUAUGGACAAAAGUCAAUAUUUGAUGUAUCUACAGAUCAGAGUGAAGAUUCAGAUACGGACGAUGAAAGUACAAAAAAUAUUGAAUUACACGUAGAAAAACCAAUUUCUUAUAGAUGCAUGAAUAAAAAUAAGGGUUCAGAUAAAAAAAGUAAAAAAUCUUUUUAUGUUCCUCACAAAGGAAGUAAACUUAAUAGUAGAAGUAUUGUAAAUGAAAUGGAAGCAACGACUAGUAGAACAACUGAAAAACAAAAUUAUUUUGAUAGCAUUCGAAAUGAGAAAAUGAAAUCUGUAUCUACAACAUCAUCAAAGUCAAGUAACGAUAGCGAAGAUGAAUUUGAAUUACGAUUGUCAGAGACAUGUACUGACAAACAUAAUUUAGAUUUUACAGAAGAAUUAGAAGAAGAAUUAUUUUCUUAAUAAAAAUUUUUAGUAUUAUACAUAUUAUAUAGUACAUAUACUAUUCAUAAUUUAUGUACAAAGAAUGUGCAAUUUAUUUAAUAUCUUUUAUUUAUGAAAUAAUAUUGAUGAAAUCAAUAAUAAAUUUAGUAUAUAAUAUAUC